CCUUGUUCAUAUUUAGUGAUUUGUUUCCUUGUAGGAAUAGAAUUCCUUUUGUGUUUUGGUCUUUAUCCUCUCCUAUAAAUAAAGGAGAAACUCCUUGUACUUAGCAGAACAAUUCAAUAUACAGAAUAUUUUCCCUCUUAUUAUUUUCUUCAAGUAGCGUCCAAUUUUGGGAGGCCAAACAAAGACUUUCUACUCUAACUACCACACUAUAUAGACCAGAUCUCAAGAUUUAAAUAGAAUGAAAAAAAAAGAAAAUAGAAGUGGAAUUUACACCAGCAAGGAUUUGGACCCAAUUAAGCUUUUGAUGGGCAGGGGUGAAUGAGAAGUGAAAACCCAGUUUUGCCCCCACUGCUCUGGAGUUCAAGAAAGGGUCCAAAUAUGGUACCCGGAUCUUUGAAUGUUGAUUGACUUACUGCUGAAGCAGAUUCUUCAUUUUUUUGAAAAAAAAAAUUAAAUUUUUAGUUUGGGGAUGAAAGAUUGAAUGGCUAAGAUCUGAGGAUUGGAUAUGCUGAGCAGAUUGUUGUUCUUCUGGUCUUCCAGUUUCAACUGACAUUUUUCUUCAUCUCAGGUACAAACAAUGUGGAGGAGGAGGAGGAAGAUGAAGCAGCUGUUGUUCCUUCUGCUGUGUUUCUGCAUUGCCUCAUUAGCUGCAGCGGAGAACGGCGGCUGCAACUGCGAGUACUACGACGGGUUUUGGAGCGUCGAGAACAUAUUGGAGUGGCAAAGGGUGAGCGAUUUCUUGAUCGCGGUCGCGUACUUCUCCAUCCCGAUCGAGCUCAUCUACUUCAUCACCUGCUCGAACGUCCCGUUCAAGUUGGUUCUCUUCGAGUUCAUCGCGUUCAUCGUUCUUUGCGGGAUGACUCAUCUCUUGAACGGGUGGACGUAUUACGGGCAACACCACUCGUUCCAUCUCAUGCUCGCCCUCACCGUCUUCAAAGUCUUGACUGCAAUGGUGUCGUUCGCGACCGCGAUCACGCUCAUAAGCCUCAUCCCGAUGCUCCUCAAGGUGAAGGUGAGGGAAAUCAUGCUCAAGAAGAAGGCGUGGGACCUCGGUCGGGAAGUCGGGAUUAUAAAGCGACAAAGCGAGGCGGGACGGCACGUUCGUAUGCUCACCCGGGAGAUUCGCAAGUCGUUGGACCGUCACACGAUCCUCUACACCACGCUCAUCGAGCUCUCGAAGACGUUGGACUUGCAUAGCUGUGCCAUUUGGAUGCCCGACGAGGACCGGACCGAGAUGAACUUGACUCACGAGGUGAGGGACCGCAAGUUUUCUGACGUGAACACGUUAACGAUCCCGAUACACGACCUGGAUGUGCAAGAGAUCAAGUGUGGGGACGACGUGAAGCUUCUGGAACUUGAAUCGGCGCUCGCCGCCACGAGCGGCGGCGAGCCGGGAAGCGUGGCGGCGAUUCGGAUGCCAAUGUUGAGGGUCGCCAACUUCAAAGGCGGGACCCCCGAGCUCUUUCCCGCCUGCUACGCGAUCCUCGUCUUAGUCCUCCCUCCAGGGACGGGCCGGUCUUGGGGGACCCAGGAGAUCGAGAUAGUCAAGGUGGUUGCCAAUCAAGUCACGGUGGCGAUAUCCCACGCCGCGGUCCUCGAGGAGUCGAAGAACAUGAGGGAGAAGCUGGCGGAGCAAAACCGGGCAUUGCAAGAGGCGCGGGAGGGCGCGUUGCGGGCCCACCGAGCGAGAAACGCGUUUCAGUCGGUGAUGAGCAACGGGAUGAGAAGGCCUAUGCACUCGAUCUUAGGCCUCCUCUCCCUCCUGCAAGAGGAGGGAGAGGAGCUAAAACCCGACCAACGCCUUCUCGUGAACUCAAUGGUGAAGACGGGGAACGUGAUCACGAACUUGAUAAACGACGUCAUGGACGGGAGAGAGAAGAGACGGUUCCCGUUGGAGACGAGGUCGUUCGAGCUGCAUUCGAUGAUCAAAGAAGCCGCGUGCCUCGCCAAGUGCAUAUGCGCGUACAAGCGGUUCGGGUUCUCGGUCGACAUCGACCGGUCACUACCCAACCACGUCAUGGGAGACGAGAGGAGGGCAUUUCAGGUCAUUUUGCAUAUGGUAGGAAAUCUUUUGAAGAACCGUAGUUGCCAAGACGGGGGGUGCCUUAUGUUUCACGUGGGGCCCGAAAGGUCGAACCCGUCUAGCGAGAAUGUGUACGUGAGGUUUGAAAUCGGGAUCCACGGGACGAAUCAUUGUCCGCCCGCCGGGGCUGUGAUGCAUCACAAUGCCUUGAGUUCUAAUCUUCCCAUGUAUUGUGGGAAGAAUUUUGAGGAAGGCUUGAGCUUCAGGGUCUGCAAAAAGCUGGUUCAGAUGAUGCAAGGAGACAUCUGGGUAUACCCAAAUCCGGUGGGUUUCGAUGAACUCAUGGCCAUCGUUCUCGGAUUUCAACACCGGCCGUCAAUCGCCGUCGGCGGGGAUUCCUCCUCCUCUUCCUCAAACCACCGCCGCCAGCCACCGUCGAACCCUCAUCUCCUCCGGGGACUCAACGUUCUGUUAGCGGACUACGACGACGUCAACAGAUCCGUGACCCGCCGCCUCCUCGAGAAACUCGGAUGCGCCGUCUCCGCCGUCUCCUCCGGCCACGCAUCUCUCGGAUCCCUGGGCCCCACCGCUUCCGCGUUUCAAGUCGUGAUCUUGGAUCUCCACCUCCCAGAUCUGGACGGGUUCGAGGUCGCCAUGAGGAUCCGGAAGUUCCGGAGCCGGAACUGGCCGUUAAUCGUCGCUUUAACGGCGAGCGAUGACGUUAUUGGGCGGUGUUUCCAGGCUGGAUUUAACGGCGUUAUCUGUAAACCGGUGGUUUUGUAUGAAAUCGCAGACCAACUAACCCAAGUUUUGUUGAAGGCCAGAGGCCAAUAUCAGAGAGAGUGAGAAUUUGGGGGUAUGGUAAAAAAAUUAUGGUAAAUGACUUCUUACUGGUUUAGUAAAAAAAAAUUUACCUUCAGUUUGAAGUCCUUUGAUUAUACGAGAAAUGCUAGUCAUAAACUAAACGUUCACAAGAUUAUUAAUAUUUUUACUAUUACUAUAUUCAUCCCACAUUUGGUUAAGGCCUUAUUCUUUUGUGUUGGAAUUUCAAAAUAAAACCAACAUUCAUAUUUCUUUAUAAUCAAAUCAUGGUUUAAUC